AUGCAUGAGUAUAAGUUAGUUGUUCUUGGCUUAGAGGGCAUUGGGAACUCUGCUCUGACUGGACAAUUUGUUCAAGGAAUUUUUGUUGAACAGUAUGACCCUACAGUAGAAGAUUCUUAUAGAAAGCAAGUUGAAGUAGAUGCACAGCAGUGUAUGCUUGAAAUUUUGGAUACUGCAGGAACUGAUGAUGUUCCAAUGAUUCUGGUUGGUUACAAAUGUGACUUGGAAGAUGAAAAAGUUGUAGGAAAGGAACAAGGUCAAAAUCUAACAAGACAGUGGAACAACUGUUCAUUCUUAGAAUCUUCUUCAAAAUCAAAAAUAAAUGUUAAUGAGAUCUUUUAUGACCUAGCAGAUUAA